AUGGAAGGCCGUCUCAAACAGUGCAGUGCUAUGCACGUGUCUGCUGCCGCUCCUGAACAAAGCGGACGAAGCAAAUCAGAGCUAGCCUAUGAAAAUCGAGACCUGUCAGAGAAGCUUAGAAGCUGUGAAAGCGAGAACGCGAACCUGAGUGCAAGGAAUCGUGAACUUCGUAAAGAAGUUGUGGUGUUGCAGGCGGAAAAUGAAGCUCUUCGUCGACAGAAGAGGAUGGACGAGGACACUUUAGAGCAUCUGCGAAAGCGGAUUUGUGAAAGUGAACGGAAAGAACGUCACCUUCUGGUGACGGUGGCGGCGAGGGAGCUAGAAGCCGGGUCGCCGUUGCACGAAAAGGAAUUUCAGGAGAUUAUUCGCAGCAGCCAACAGCAGUUGACGGCCUUUUACGAGGAGAAGAUGGUUGCUAUGCAAGCCGAGAUGGAUCGUUUCUACGCCGAGGCAUCCGCGUGCAUCCAAGAGAAGGAUGCUAUAAUUGCGGCGUUGAAGGAGGAAGAAGCUUAG